AUGGCCGGCGGCGUGGACGGCCCCAUCGGGAUCCCGUUUCCCGACCACAGCAGCGACAUCCUGAGCGGGCUGAACGAGCAGCGGACACAGGGCCUGCUGUGCGACGUGGUCAUCCUGGUGGAGGGCCGCGAGUUCCCCACCCACCGCUCGGUGCUGGCCGCCUGCAGCCAGUACUUCAAGAAGUUGUUCACGUCGGGCGCUGUGGUGGACCAGCAGAACGUGUACGAGAUCGACUUCGUCAGCGCCGAGGCGCUCACCGCCCUGGUGGACUUCGCCUACACGGCCACGCUGACGGUCAGCACAGCCAACGUGGGCGACAUCCUCAGCGCUGCCCGCCUGCUCGAGAUCCCCGCCGUCAGCCACGUCUGCGCCGACCUCCUGGACCGCCAGAUCCUGGCCGCCGACGGCGACGCCGGCCAGCUGGACCUUGUAGAUCAAAUUGAUCAGCGCAACCUCCUGCGUGCCAAGGAGUACCUCGAGUUCUUCCAGAGCAACCCCAUCAACAGCCUGCCCCCCAACGCGGCCGCCGCCUUCCCCUGGUCGGCCUUCAGCGCCACCGACGAUGACCUGGACGCCACCAAGGAGGCAGUGGCCGCAGUGGCGGCCGCCGUGGCCGCUGGCGACUGCAAUGGCCUGGACUUCUACGGGCCUGGACCCCCGGGCGAGCGGCCCCCGGCAGGGGAGGGCGACGAGGGCGACAGCAACCCGGGUCUGUGGCCAGAGCGGGACGAGGACACUGCGGCCGCUGCCGCCGCGGCGGGAGGCCUGUUCCCUCCACCGGCUGCCACGCAGAACGGCCACUACGGCCGGGCCGCGGGGGAGGAGGAGGCAGCCUCGCUGUCCGAGGCGGCCCCCGAGCCAGGCGACUCUCCGGGCUUCCUGUCGGGAGCGGCCGAGGGCGAGGAUGGGGAUGGGCCAGAUGUGGACGGGCUGGCGGCCAGCACACUGCUGCAGCAGAUGAUGUCAUCGGUGGGCCGGGCAGGGGCAGCGGCGGCGGGGGCAGCGGACAGCGACGAGGAGUCGCGGGCGGAGGACAAGGGCGUCAUGGACUACUACCUGAAGUACUUCAGCAGCGCCCAUGACGGUGAAGUGUACCCAGCCUGGUCGCAGAAGGUGGAGAAGAAGAUCAGGGCCAAGGCCUUCCAGAAGUGUCCCAUCUGUGAGAAGGUCAUCCAGGGAGCCGGCAAGCUCCCACGGCACAUCCGGACCCACACUGGUGAGAAACCCUACGAGUGCAGCAUCUGCAAGGUCCGCUUCACCAGGCAGGACAAGCUGAAGGUGCACAUGCGGAAGCACACGGGGGAGAAGCCCUACCUGUGCCAGCAGUGCGGCGCCGCCUUCGCGCACAACUACGACCUGAAGAACCACAUGCGCGUGCACACCGGCCUGCGCCCCUACCAGUGCGACAGCUGCUGCAAGACCUUCGUGCGCUCCGACCACCUCCACAGACACCUCAAGAAGGACGGCUGCAACGGGGUGCCCUCGCGCCGAGGCCGCAAGCCGCGCGCCCGCGGUGGGGGGCUGGGCUCCCCGCAUCCCUUUCCUGCUUCUGGCCUCCCAUCCCCACCAUCUCCUGGCCAACGAGACACAAAUCUAUUUAUUUCCCGGCCUGGAGAAACGGGGUCACACUGGGAUUGA